GUUUAUUCAAAACGAAAGCAGAGCAUUCCUCCCGUUCCCUACUGCGGUUUUCGUUUGGAUGGACCACAAUUGAUUCCUGUUCCGAGACACGGUGCCGCCAUGUUUCUCGUCUUCCGACCGGAUUCACAAACGCACGUGGUCGAUUCAUUUCCUUGUUUUUGAAUUGGCGAAACGAAAAAGAGAGACGACGGGCCGUAAAACUUCCAUAUCUACAUGUGGCAAGCUUCUCGAUCGGAAAACAUCUAUCGAAUAAAUCGUUUUGGUUUGUGUCUCGUCUUGGCGCCAACACACAGCCGGAGUGAUUCGCAAGCAAGCAAGCGUGUAUGCAUUCAAAGAUUUUGUGGAACCUCCUUGAAAAAGAGGAAUGCGAUUUACCAUUCUAUUGUACCACAAGGCACCGAGUGGUCCGUUCGAUGUUCGAUGUUUGAUGUUCGAAAGAAUCGAAAGAAUCCAAACAAGACAUUUAUGACGUCAUGGAACACGCCAGGAUCUCUUGCCGGGGCAGGAUGACGGGAAUCAUGGAAAUGUAUUUGGCGGCGGUAUCUUCUCCCUCCGCCCAGAAUUUCUCAAUCGCGGAUUCUUCUCUCUGAUCUUCGGAUUUCACCUGGCCAUUUGGUGAAAAGUCUUCUGUGGAUUUCUCGGCGCACGAGUCGUCGAGCGAGUCGUCGGAUCGGAACAAGAACAACUCGGUUGGUUCGUUUGUUUCCGUCUCCAUUGACGGUUCUCCCGUGUCUCUGCUGGCGGCGGCAACGAUUCCGCCUCUGUAGUGAAAGUGGACAAAGUCGAGCUCUUCUUGGGUAAUGCCGCUCGCGGCUUCCACGUUGGCAAAUUUUUCGGGACAAUAUUUGAAAAUCAUUCGGUUGGCACCUUUUUCGAUGCUGCAGGCGGCUGCACACGAGAACACCGUGCUUCCGAAAGUAACCGCGGCGCCCUUGGCGGUGAAGGAUGCUGCCUUUCCGAUUGCUGAUAAUAGUCUUGUCAUCUUUGCUUGACUGAUUUUGAUUCUGGUAAUAGUUUGUUUCCUCCUGUUGUCAAAUGCGGUUCAACGGUGGGUUUGAAAUUUGUAAUUAUAGUCUUCGCAGGAAAGCCUCAAAUACUGUAUCGAGUCGAACUGCGUACAUCGGCGUACAAAACAGAUCGCGUAACCGAUCACGAGAAGGGAAAUUCUUCGUCCACAUUUGAUUGCUGGAUUUUGAAGAACCAAAAAUAGUUGACAACACCCGUGACAGGCGCUCGGUGCAUACGGUAUCCUCUUAGAUUUUUGCGGCAGAAAAGUGACUGACUCGAAGCCAUCCCACCAAUCAUCUGGUGGCAUCUGGCUCCAAAGAGAACAUCACCAGAACAGUUCGGUAUCCGUAGAACAUUGGAUUCUAGGUUUUCACCAAUCAACGUCGAAGAACUUUACCGAAAAUGCACAUGUCAUGGCUAAAAAAAUCGACAGCGUUAAAUGGAAUCUCAAACGUGCAAUUUGGAGGUUUGUCCAUGCCCGACAAGAAUUACGAAUUAGAAGUACACUACGAGAACGUACUGUACUUCGUACCGUACUUAGUCUUGUAAAAGCGGCGUCGUGUCUUCCGAAACAGAUUUUUCGCGUGGCUGUGUCGCAAUGGAACACGUUCUGUUUCUGCGAACGGCUCCUCCUGUUCACAAGAAGAAAUUCUCACCCUGUUCCUACCCUAGAAUCUUAGUACGGUACAAGAUUGGAAGGCAAAUGUGUUGCCGGAAAGUGAAAUAGGUUAUGAGUUCAUAAAACCACGCAGUUUUUACUAGUCAGAAAAAAACACCAGCAUGAGGUUUGUCUCACCCUCCAGACAGAGCGAUUGGGGACAUUUUCCUGCCAACACAUAUACUGGAAUAACUUCAUUAUAAUAAGAAGAAGGGGAUCUGGAAUUCUCAGAUCAAUCAACCAACAACAAGUGUUAUCUUAAUUGGAGUUUUCCGUAUCAGUGGUAUUCUUCUUGUUCUUCUUGUAGUAGGAUGUCCCCACAUAAUCAAUCACAAAAAUGUGAGUAGUAGGGUCCUUUUUGCAGUUUGAAGAAUUGUUUCAAAUUGCCCCCAAAAAAUUCUAGUAUAAGUGGUCCUUACUAUGGGAGAGGUCAUUUUAUUGCAUCAAAUAUUACUUCCCCAUCCAGAGCAUUACUUCCUUCAUUUUGGCAUCAAGAUGAAAUCACCAACAAACAACAUCAAAUGUUUCUUCCACCUACUGGAAUAACACCACCAGCAGCACUUCUUGACACAGACAGAUGAGACCAAUUUGUUUUGUUCCAAGAAGAAAAGAUUUCAAGACACCCCCAGAUGACAUCUGCAGACAACAACCUUAGACAAUAUCCUUCGACAACACCCUCAGAUGACACCAUCAGACAACACCAUCAGACAACACUUCCCAUAUUUCAAGACAUCCUCAGACAACAUCCUCAAACAGCAUAUUCACACAGAAUCCUACUAUGAUUUUUUCAAAGAUUUUCCAAUUGUCAUUACUGGAAAUGUCAUGUAAUACUAAUCAUAUAUUUUGAACAAAUACUACUAGUAGAACAUUUCCAACAGACCAGCACAUGAAUGUAACACCCAUCCAGCCUCCUCAAAAAUAUCAAAUCCAUGAGAAAUGUUUUUUUGGUUGGAGAGAAAUUCCAAGAAAUAAUGGUGAGGCUGGGUUACCACUAAUUUGGUCAAAUCUGACACUUAACCCAACCCAUAGAAGCACAAGAACAUGGAAUUAGAUGUAUAUAGCUCCCAUCCAUCCUCCUCCAACAUAUCAAAUAUUUAUGAGAAAUUAUUUUUUUUGGUAGGAGAACAGUUACAUGAUAUGCUUGCAAGAAAGUAACUACAAAUUUGGUCAAAUCUGACAAUAAACAUAGAUCACAGAACCACAAGAAUAUGGAAUUAGAGCAAUUCCAGCACAUGGAUGUAAAACCCAUCCACCCUCCUCCAACAUAUCAAAUCUAUAUAAAAAAUGGAUUUUUGGUUACAGAACAAUGUCAUGAAAUGUUGGUGUGAGACUGGGAUACUAGUACUAAUUUGGUCAAACCUAACACUAAACCUGACCCAUAAAACCACCGGAAUAUCGAAUUAGAACAAUUCCAGCACAUGAAUGUAGAGUGCAUUCACCAUCCUCUAAAAUACACAAUAUGAUAUAAGAAAAUAUUUUUUGGUUGGAGAACAAUUUCCAUGAAAUGUUUGUGAGGUACCUACUCUGUUGUUGUCUACUAGUUUCAACAAACUCAAAAUUUGAUUUGUGAGUUCCAUCAUAGAAUUUAUUACAUUUGAUACUCUGAUUUGAUGGGACUCAAACAUAAUAAAAAUUGUUACAGAUGUAAUAAAUUGGCUAAGUGAACUAUACUAUCACGUACACUUUUGCCCAGAAGAAGCCAGUAGCCUUGAUAAUUCUCCCUGCUCUGGACUUACCAAAGAAACAAAAAGAAACUUUUUUGGUGUAGACUCAAUGUAAUAUUCAGUCUCCUCCUAUUUUAGCAAAUAAAUUGGUACCUUAACAGCAAACAGGUUUUUUUUUCUAAACAAUAGUAGGAGUUCAGACAGAAACAUUUAAAGCAGUCAUUUCAAGAUUCCCAUGACUUAAGGAGUUCACUGAAUGUUGCCAUUGGUCAUUCUAAGAUUUAAGAGAACCCAAUCCCUCCCAAGACAAAUAACAUUCAUUGUCAUCAUCAGAUUUUUCAAAAUGUAAGAAAACCAAAUUGAUCCUAGUAAGACUUGAAAACAAGUACUAACUGUCAUUAUUGGUUAUUCCAAAAUGACAGGAAACCCAAUUUCUCCUCAAAAGACUAAAAACUGAGUCAUUGUUGUUGUCAGUGGUUAAUUCCUCCUAAGACUAAAAAAUGAGUCACUGGUUUCAUCAGUCAUUUCAAAAUAUAAGAAAACCACCAAAUUGAUCCAAAGACUCAUAAAUGAGGGAUUGUCAUCAUUGGUCAAUCAAAAAUGAAUAUUGGUCAUUCAAAAAUAAGAGAGAACCCAAUUCCUCUGAAGACUAAAAAAGUCAUUGUAGUUAUUAGCCAUUCCAAAAUUAAAGAGAACCCAAUUCCUCCCAAGACUAAAAAAUCAGUCAUCCUUGUCAUCGUGUCAAGUCAUGAUUGUUGUUAUUGGUCAUUCCAAUAUUUAAGAGAGCAAAGUUGCUCCAAAGACAAAAUCAGUGAUUGUCACCAUCAAUAGUAGUCAUUCCAAAAUGAAAUAGAAUCCACCCAAAUCCCUGAAGAAUAUCAGUAGUAGGAGUACUUGAAUGUUCAAUCCUCCUAUCAUUAUUGGUCAUCCCAAAAUUUAAGAGAACCCAGCAGUUCCUUUUCCCAUGACUUGCUUAAUAUUCAGUCAUCAUUGUAAUUGGUCAUUCCAAGACAACAACAAAAGAAAACCCAAUCCUUCCCAAGACUUGCCAGUACAAAUAGAAGGAGAGCUAUGGUCAUGAUCUGGGCAAUCCCAUUGCAUCCACCAACAGUAAUGUGGACACGUUUUUCUAUGACUAUGAUGGGCAUGAUGCACUUACUGAGACUAACAAAGAUGCUGAAGACACCUUCUUGUUGGUGGACAAGUUUGAGUCCUACAAGAAAUACUACCAGUUCAUUUCAAAGUUGGGUGGCAGUGAUGCAGAGCACAGCAGCAAUAAUGCUAAAGCAGAAGCCAAAGCCAACAACACCAUUGGCCUCCACAACAAGAACUUAUCAAUGGCUGCCAACCUGCUUGCUUCCAGGCCCACUUGCAAAGGUGGCAACUAGUACUAUAAAUGAGGAGUCAUUAUCAUGUUUGGUCAUUUCAGUAAAAUCAUGUUUGGUCAUUUCAGUAAAUAAGAACAAGCCCAUUCUCAAGGAGACAUGACAAGUCACAAGCCAUACAACCAUCAAAACAGAAGUGCUAAAAAACCCAAGACUAGACAAAAACAUAUGAGCAUUCCAUACACUAGUAUUGUUAAUGUUACUACUACUACUAACUUGUUUUUCUAAAACUUUUAAAUAUGCAACAUUUUGAACAUGUAACACCAGAGACAAUAGGAAAGCCAGAACCAUCUGUGAACCCUUGUUACGUACUGGAAUGGGCUGACCCAAUCAUACAACAAGACUGAAAAUUUUGGUUCUCCUGCUGGAUCUUGGGAAGACUGGUAAUAAUUUUGGCAACUGAAAAUUUUGGCUCUCAUUUUUGUCAGCUGUGAUAAAGAAAUUACAGACACAUGCGCCAAAUUUUCAGAAAAUUGCUUACUGACUGCUGUGUCAGAUGCUGAUAUUGUUGCUGGCCAAACAAAAAUUCCAAAAGGAUUACAGAUGUUGAGAGAUCUACUAAAGCAAAUGAAUCCAUGUGUACAUUCAAGUCUGCAAAACUAAAAUAUGGGUACCAGGAUUGUGAAAUUAUAAACUUUGAUAGAUAUUUUGUUUGAUGCGUAAAUGCAAACAAGGUUGACUGGAUAGAGCUAAUCCUUGAAGAAGGAAGCCAAAAAAAGUGCUGAUCAAGAAGCUCACUUCAUGAUCACAAAGCGCUCMUCUCCUGCAUCACAGGGCAAAUAUUCUUGAUGGUGGUGGUGCUCCUGUUCUCAAGAACACGAGGAGUCUAAAAUUUCACAUCACCAAAUGCUACUAACAAGUCAGGAGGGAAUAUACAUACUACUAACAAGAACUGAAUUCCCAAUUAACAUUGCCAAUGCAAGAACUUUUCACAGACCACCUUUGCACUCACUUAGUUUUGCACAGUACUACUACUAGUAAGUACUGGUGGUUGUUCUUGCGUUUGCCAGCCAAUUUUUGGUCUGUCAGUCUAUCACUCUACCAAAAGUAGCACACCUGCCAUUAUGGAAUUGGAAGCACCUCACACACACAAUCUUUUCAUGUUGUCGCAGUUUCAACGAAGAACGAACACUCUUCUCGGCACGUGCAAUUAUUUCAUGGAACAAAUGGGACCGAAGCAAGCGUGGAUUUGAGUCGGGCAUGGCGACAAGCACACUCUCCAUUCGUCGAUCAUGCAUGCAGAUCAAUUGUUGGCACCAUCCUCAUUUCUCAUGCAACGCAGAUUAGACUUCCAUGCAACAUGUACUUAUCGCCGAGCUUCGUUGCGGUGUCUUAGAGUCUGUUUGUACCCUAGAAGGUUUCGGACGGAGGGAUGACACUUCGUUGAUCAACGAACUCUUGCGGACAACCGCGGCCGAGCAACGCGAAAUGAUUUUCUUGGUUUUUCUUUCCUUUCCUUUCCUUCCUUUCCCUUUCCAUUUGUCACAAAGCCAUCUAGCCAUCUUGCCGAGUACAAGAAAAUUGCUUUUCUUUCCUUUCGUCACGAAAGCCAUCUUGCCGAAUUUAAUUUAUAAAGAUGUACCUGCAAAGAAUUAUCCAUCCGGCAUUGCCUGGGUUCUUCUUCCUCCUGAUUGCUCGCUGUGGAGUGGCAACAGCCCAAAAACUCGCAGUGUUUGUCGGGCCCCACGAGACGCACACCGGCACGACCACUUUUCUUUCCAAGCAUGCAGCGAGCGAUGGAACGGGGGACCCCGAGUUCAAUGGUUGGAGCUGGCCUACCGUUCAUGAAAAUGACAUAGAUUCGAGUCCCCAGCACGCCUUUGAUUUUCUCGUCAAAGAACAAGACGACGAGGGCAUCCAGAAUGUAUUGAUCGAUGCAAUCCGUUCUGCACGGAAAACUUCCCAGAAAGGAACGUUCAUCGGUUCGCUUGACUUUGACAAGGUUGGAACGAAUCCGUAUUCGGGCUACGAUGCUGUCGAAGCGUUGAAGAGAGUUGUUGACGAAUUGGGUGUUUCUACAGAUGAUGUCAUCGUGGUUGUAACUUAUCGUACGCCUCGCGUCGAUCAAUGGGCCGAUGUCUGGAAAAAUCAUUUUGAAGCAGAAUCUUACCAAGAUUUCAUUUGUUCCGACGAACAAAGCAAGAAGCGCUGGGAAUGGCUUGAUACCUCAAUGAAUCCCUUUAAGAUAGCAAAAGCGUAUCACGAUCGAGAUUGGAAUGUUCUAGUAGUUGACAAAGAGAGCACGGUUCGUUCUGGUAAGGACGUAGCAAACGUUGUCGCUUGCUGGGCAAUGGAGGACGAGAACUGCCAAGACGGAUGGAUCAACGGCUUCGAUCGCUCUGUACAAAAUAUCACGUCAACAGGCCAUCUAAUUGAUGAACUCGAACACACAGAUCAUAGAAACCUAGAGAGGUUGUUCCUGUUGCGUGAUUGCUACAACGUGGGUCAGCUCAGCGGUUCUUCAAGAUUUGUUCUCCUCGAUGAUGGAAACGAAGGAUUUUCAUCGCUGGCCAAAGAGUGUAAAAACUGGUCUGCGAAUUCAUACAAAAUGCUUUCCAAUACGAGCUUCUUGAUGAAUGCCAUCCAAUCUCAAAAAUACUGUGAACAGGACGACAUCGACGUUCCAAGUUUAUUGGCGGAAAUAUACGAGUCUGACGUCCUCGAAACCCUUGCAUCACUUGGAUCUAGUACGGAGGAAGACAGAUCUUCUUCGAAUUCGGUCUCGGAGGACGAUACCGAAAAGGAACCUUGGGUGUCUCCUGCAGACGAUAAUCCUAAUAAACGACUGGUGGUAUUUGUUGGUCCGCACGAGACAGACGCUGUCGGCGUGACCAAAUUUUUCGUCGAUUAUGCAUCGACAAGCGGAGAUUCCGAGCGUUCGUCGAGUUUUGAUGGUUGGAUUUGGCCUUCUGUCAAUAACGACCUCAUUAAAAAACCUCCCCAUCGUGUCUUCGACCUACUUGUCCAAUAUCCCUCGGACGAAGAUAUUCAACGCGCUGUGAUCGAGGCCAUCGUAGAUUCCUGGAAGAUCGCAACGAAUGGGGUCAUCAUUGGUUCACUCGAUUUCGACAAGACUGGAGAAAAUCCAUAUUCAGACUACGAUCCGAUCAAAGCCUUGAAACGCGUGGUUGAAGCACUCGGAAUUUCAAGUAGCCAAGUCAUCGUAUCCGUGACCUACAGUUCGCCGCGUAUUGAUCAGUGGAGUGCCGUUUGGAAUAACCAUUUUGAUACAAAUGGGUACGAGAAUUUCGUUUGCUCCGACGGAGUCGAAUCCUCAAAACGCUGGGAAUGGCUCGAUACGGUUAUGAAUCCUUUCAAAAUAGCGAAAACGUAUCGCGACCAGGGAUGGGACGUUGUUGUGAUUGACCAAGAAGGCACGAUCAAUGACGGCCUUGAGGUAGCCCAUGUCAUCGCUUGCGAGGUCAUGAAAAGCGUGAAGUGCGAUGGCGGUUGGGUCACCGGUUUGAAAAGUGCUGUGAGUAACCAACUCAUAACCUACCCGAUGGAUUCACUGGCAGAGGAGGAUCGCUGGGAUUUGGAACAAAUCUUUCGAGAACGUGAUUGCUUUUUCAAGUAUCAGUUGAAGCAUGAGUCGAAUUUCAGUAUAAUUCACCAACACACCGCUUGGAGUUCUUGCUCGAAUCAACACCAGUCGUUUUACAGAAAAUUUGCCAACACCGACUUUGUGCUGGAUCUGCUGAGAUCACAAAAACAGUGUGGGGAGAAUAUUGUCGAUGUUUCGAAGAUGCUGCGGAAGAAAAUGACCCCCAAUGAGCAGAAAGAAUUACUUAUCUUUGUUGGCCCACACGAAACUUCAGCGGUUCCCGUCACAAAAUUUUUUGUGGAUCACGCAUCUGAUAAAGGGGGCACCAACCACUCCCCUAGUUUCGACGGUUGGGCGUGGCCAGUCAUUGAUUCCGAAAUCCUUGGCGACAUCCAAUCGCAUAGAACUUUUGAUCUCCUGCUGUCGGAUGCCAGCAAACGACCAGUACAGAAUAUUAUUCUGAAUGGAAUCCGUGAUAGUUGGAACAAUGCUCUCGAUGGCGUUAUCAUUGGAUCAUUGAAUCUCGACAGGGUUGGCGAAAAUCCUUAUUCUGGUUACGAUGCCCUUGGAGCAAUACAGCGAGUCGUAGAAAAGCUUGGAAUUUCCGAUGAUGAUGUGACUAUAGCAUUGAAUUAUCGUUCCAAUCGCCUUGAUCACCUUAGCGCUGUAUGGUGGAAUCAUUUCGAAGCAGAAUCUUUUGAGGAAUUUGUGUGUUCCAAUGCACAAGCCGAGAAACGAUGGGAAUGGAUAGACACAGUUUUGAACCCUUUGAAGCUAGCAAAUGCUUAUCAUGAAGAGGGUUGGAAGGUUGCAAUGAUCGACCAAGAAGGAACAGCGAAUGCUGGAGGCGAUGUAGCCCAUGCUCUUGCAUGCAAUCUGAUGAUUGGUGUAGACUGUGGCACAGGACGGGUACGAGGAUUAGAAAACGAAACGAUAGACGUCCCUUCAACCUACAAAAUUGAAGACUUAGAUGAGCUUCAGCGCACAGAGUUUGAAACAUUGUUACAGAUGCGUGACUGCUACUACAGGUACACAUUGGAACAAGACGGCAAGUUUUUGAUAGUCAACAAGGAUGCACUAUGGGGUUCGUGUUCACGAAAGAACUACGCUCUUUAUGAAAAGUUAGCUAACACCGACGUUUUACUUUAUGAAAUGAGGUCACUACAAGGUUGCGGAGAUAUUGAGCCGUCGAUUUUUUCUGGGAAUCUUUUCGAUCGCGAUACCCUAGCCUCUUCCAAGAGCAGUCGUACAGUGGUGAUUGGAUCGGUUGUAUUUUCAACUGCAGUUUUUGCCCUCGGUGCUGCCUUUGUGUGGCAACUGUUAAGAAAAGGUCGGGAGGCAAAGAGAAAUGGAACGGAAGGGAUAUUCAGGGACGGCACACACGAUGCCAGCCAGGAACCCGCUUUCCACGACAGGAAAGAGAACGAUGUGGAAGACACCAAGUACCAAGAUGGAUUUGAUGAUGAAAACGAGGGGAGCAAGCCCGAAGCAACUCAUGAAAAGGUGCUAGAAGAAUACGAUGUGGACGUUCAUGUUUAAUAGUACGGUUCGAAUUAGACGAUAUGUGGUGAUAGGCCGAGCUUUCUUGUGAGUCAUAUCGUCGCGCCUAUAUCUGGUUUUGCAAUCAAAUAAUAUGAAAAUAAAUUUGAUAAACUCAAGUUUCAGCAAAAGAGAGUAUGGCAGGUUUUUACUAAUUUAUGUCACUU